CUAAUUAACUCAUUACACCGAUUAAUCAUAUGCUGUUGGGCUUCAUUGAAUACCUUUUUUCGGAUUUAGGAGAGUUUAGGAGUCCACGCUACGUGGUUUAAGCGAAAACGGAAGUGCCCUUAGGGGAACGCUCUCGCCUCGCUUGUAGACGUUUGUACAGCUGUUUCACGUUGCUAAUAUUCUGCGCAAGAUGUUAUCCACGAUUAGUUACAUGCGAGGCAGUGAUGCAAACAAGCUCGCUGGAAGAUAAAGACAUUAUUGUGUAGCUGUCUUGUGGCUAAAAAAAAAACCCAAACAAGCCCCCCCUGUCUCUCUUCGCUCGCUAUGCGGAGACUUGACGACACCGAAGCCGUCCGCAUAGGUCGUGUAUAGCGGAUAUUUUAUGGAAGGUGGGUCGAGGGAGAGGUUGUGAGGCUGGGGAGUCGGGACAUCGGCUGAGCUGGGCAGAGGAGCGUUAGCAAGCUAGCUUUUCGUGACAGCCACGGUCAUAACGGAACAAUUAGUUCCCCGCACCGCAGCCCGUCGGUUCAGUCAUCAUGGCCACGAAUGGUAACAAUUUAACGCCCGGGAUGGGAGAUAUCAUCCAGCUAAACGUCGGCGGGACGAGGUUCAGCACCUCCAGACAGACUCUGAUGUGGAUCCCAGACUCUUUCUUCUCAAGUUUGCUGAGUGGAAGGAUAUCCACUCUUCGGGAUGAAACUGGAGCUAUAUUUAUUGAUAGAGAUCCGACAGCUUUUGCACCGAUCUUGAAUUUCCUGCGAACCAAAGAGUUGGACCUUCGGGGUGUCAACAUCAGCAUCCUGCGACAUGAAGCAGAGUUUUAUGGGAUAACUCCUCUAGUACGGCGCCUGCUUCUGUGUGAGGAACUGGACCGCUCGUCAUGCGGUAGUGUUCUCUUCCAUGGUUACCUGCCGCCCCCAGCCAUCCCUGCCCGAAAGUCAAAUCCUGCCUCAGCAGCCUCCGGCUCCUCCUCUGAUGAGCGACCGGGUCCAAGCGGAGCAGAGGGCUUCACCCGAGUUGGUCCUCCUCCUCACCCAUCCCUCACUGGCCCACCUGGAACAGAUGACAACCAUAAACUUGGUCCUGUGGUUGACCCCAGGAAGGUGCUGAUUAUAGCAGGACAUCACAACUGGAUUGUAGCAGCUUAUGCACAUUUUGUCAUCUGCUACAGGAUAAAGGAAUCUUCUGGAUGGCAGCAGGUGUUUUCCUCCCCCUACCUUGACUGGACCAUUGAACGCAUCGCGCUUAACGCCAAGGUUGUCGGCGGCCCGCAUGGAGACAAGGACAAGAUGGUGGCUGCCGCCUCGGAGAGCAGUAUCAUCCUCUGGAGCAUCCAAGAUGGAGGCAGUGGCAAUGAGAUCGGUGUAUUCAGUCUUGGUGUACCCGUGGACGAUCUCUUCUUCAUUGGAAACCAGCUGGUGGCUACAAGUCAUACAGGGAAGGUUGGCGUGUGGAAUGCCGUCACACAGCAUUGGCAGGUUCAAGAUGUCGUUCCUAUCACCAGUUGUGACACAGCAGGAUCCUUUCUGCUACUGGGCUGCAACAAUGGCUCUAUCUACUACAUAGACAUGCAGAAGUUUCCUCUGAGGAUGAAGGAUAAUGAUCUUCUAGUGACGGAGCUUUAUCACGAUCCUUCAAAUGAUGCUAUCACUGCACUGUCUGUCUACCUCACACCAAAAACCAGUGUGAGUGGGAACUGGAUAGAGAUAGCAUACGGGACGAGCAGCGGCGCGGUGAGAGUGAUUGUGCAACAUCCGGAGACGGUGGGAUCAGGCCCUCAGCUCUUUCAGACGUUCACUGUGCACAGGAGCCCGGUGACGAAGAUCAUGCUGUCAGAGAAACAUCUGGUAUCAGUGUGCGCGGACAACAACCACGUCCGGACAUGGACGGUGACACGAUUCAGAGGAAUGAUCUCCACCCAGCCAGGCUCCACCCCGCUGGCCUCCUUCAAGAUACUGUCCCUGGAGGAGACGGAAAGUCAUGGGAGCUACUGCUCUGGGAAUGAUAUAGGUCCAUUUGGAGAGCGAGACGAUCAGCAGGUUUUCAUACAGAAAGUGAUUCCCAUCACCAACAAACUAUUUGUGAGGCUCUCAUCUACUGGAAAGAGGAUCUGUGAAGUGCAGUCAGUGGACGGGACCACCAUCUCUUGCUUCAUGGUACGAGAGUGUGAGGGUUCGAGUCGCAUGGGGUCGCGUCCUCGACGCUAUCUGUUCACUGGCCACGGCAACGGCAGCAUCCAGAUGUGGGACCUGACCACUGCAAUGGAUACGGCUAAUAAAGGAGAGGAGAGGAAGAGAGAUGAUGUAGGUGGGCCGACGGAGGAGGAGCUGCUGCAGCUGUUGGAUCAGUGCGACCUGAGCACCUCCCGCUGUGCUACACCAAAUAUAAGCCCCGCCCCCUCCGUUCUGCACCACACACGCCUUAGAGAGUCCUGCUCGAGUCUGCAGUUACAGGCCCCGGAGCCCAUUCCUGAGACCCAGGCAACUUAUGGAGCCGUACGACCCUACAGAGAGAGCCCCCUGCUGGCCCGAGCUCGACGAACUGAGUCUUUCCACAGUUACCGAGACUUCCAGAACUUCAGCUUGAGUCGAGGUGUCCUGGACAGCACGGGUCAGACGUCCACGCAGGGCUCCGGCCAGGCCCCUGACGCCCGCCGUUCGCUCUGCGACUUUGGGCCCGACGACAGUGAGAGAAGAGCCUCGGCGAUGGAGUUCUGGGCUUGCCGAACAGCCAGUUCAAGCUCUGCUUCAAAUAUCGGAGCCCUGACGACCGCCGUUGUUUGUGGGGGGAAGGCAGAUGCCGGUCCAGAGUCUCCACGGCAACCACCUGACAGCCCGAUUCCCGGAGGUGACGUUAGGCGAAAGGUGCACCCACAACCAGAGGAGGGGGACAGUGUGGGAUCACCAGGUGAAGGGGGGAAGGCGGAGGGUGGUGUGAGAAAAAGGGGGGUACUAGAAGGAGGCUUCCUGGGGAGGAAGAGGGCCCCCCCUGUCCCGCACCUCUCCUCCGUCCCCUCUGGAUCUGAGGGUGGAGGCAGCGACUCGUCUUCCAACGCCUCCCCCUCCCCAACCAAACUGACUUCCUCCACCUCACCACGACACAGGAAGCUGGCCCCCGAGCUGUCCAAUCAGGACAGCAGCCUGUGACAGCACAAUGUGCCCGCCAGCCUUUUUUCUUUUGAUCCUAAUCAGAGCAGUUAUCUCGUGGAGGCUUCCUGUGCUGUAGGUGCAUGUGGGAGAUGAUGCCUGGAUAUCAGAGCAGAGGAGGAAUGUGGCUUCAGCUCCAGGAAACCACUUCAACUGCUUCUGUUUCACCCUAACUAUGUUUGUCAUGAUGUAACUGGAUAAAGGAGCUUCUUUUGGGACUCCACACAAGACACUCCCAUGUUUUGAUGAGUCUGUCUCAGGAUGAGUCUCCUCUGCUCAGUUCGCUUGCUAUGCUGAAAUCUGAUGUGAAGCAGCAGUCAAAACAUCCCGCCAACCGGGCCGGAAUGCAUUUUGCUUUUGAUAUAUAUUUUUUUUCACAGAUUUCAAAUUCUACCAUACCUGGAAACCUGGCUGGGUACAACUGCUAGAUGCUAAUGCACUCCUGCUAUCUUCCAGGUUGUCUUAACAGAUGAUGAGGGUGAUGAGGUCAGCAAUUUCAGGCACAAAUCUGAUAGCAACAUGUCUGCUCAGUUAGUCCCGGAGAACUGCUGGAUUUGGUUUUAUCUGCCUGUGUCGGUUUUGUUAACUCGAAAUCCUGACAAACACAGAAACCAAAGGAACAUG